AUGACGAGUUCAGCACCAUCAUUUGGCCAAGAGGAGUAUAUUUCCUUAAUUGAAGGCGGUGCGGGUGAAUACUCUAAAGAUGAUGCCGAGGAGCCAGCAGUCGAGGACCAGUAUGACCACCGAGGUGUGGAUCGGCAAAGAACGUUUGAACAACUUCGCCGUCAGGGGGGUUACUUGAAUUUCAAGCAGAAUCAACACGCAGCGAAUAGGAUACGGCCUUGGACAGUUCUGGUUGACUGGGAAGGAUGUCGAAAUCCAAGUGAAAUGUUACAUCAGGAAAUACUAGCAUACGUCGACUAUAUUUCUCCUACCGAACGGGAGCGCCGUACCAGAGCGAUGGUCGUCACCAUGAUAUCAAGGACCAUAGAGUCUAGAUGGCCUGAUGCCGUCAUUCAACCGUUUGGCAGUUUUGAAACUGGGCUGUACCUGCCUCUGGGUGAUAUAGAUCUUGUGAUAUCAUCGGAUAGUAUUGCGCGUGUUGCCCCUGCGAGCGCAUUGAAUUGGAUUGCUCGUGCUUUGAAAGAUAGGGGGCUGGCAUACAACGUCCAAAUUAUAGCCAAGGCAAAGGUUCCGAUAGUAAAGUUUGUGACUACUUGGGGUGGCUUCAAGGUCGAUAUCUCGUUGAAUCAAGCCAAUGGUGUAUCGGCCGGGAAGAUUAUCAACAAUUUCCUCAAGCAACUACCCGCUCUACGGCCACUUGUCUUCAUAUUCAAGGCAUUCUUGAGUCAAAGGGAGAUGAAUGAAGUCUACAACGGUGGAUUGGGUAGCUACAGCAUUGUCUUUGAAGAAAACUUGCCUCAGCUUCAUCCUAAGAUUCGGAACGCCGAGAUUGACCCCAGCAAAAACUUGGGUAUCCUUCUACUGGAAUUGUUUCAGUAUUAUGGUGAUUAUUUCCACUAUGAGCGUGCCGGAAUAUCGCUACGUGGCGGUGGACAACUAUUCAAUAAGAAAGCUCGAGGAUGGGGCCUGCCUCAACAACCUAGACAAAAUGCAUCAAUACUGAGUAUCGAAGAUCCUCAAGACCCUUCGAACGAUGUCUCAAAGGGGUCUUACAAUAUGGGGAGGAUUCGAAUGACACUUUCGGGUGGAUAUAGCGCCCUGUCUACGGUUAUGUUUGAGCGGAACGAUCAAUUGAUUGCUAAACGACAGGACCGAUACACAAAACUACGAAAGCUGGAUCCGGUAGCAGAUGCGGAUUCCAUGUCUAUACUAGGGAGUAUCUUGAAUGUCUCCCAGGAAACAAUCAACCAUCGCCGGAUGGUAGCUGAAUUAUACGACAGCGAGGACCUUCAUCGAGCAGUCGGCGAAGAAUUCGUGUCAAUAACAGACGACUAUACACCAGCUGCCCGAUCUACAUCACCCACCACGUCUUCACUACCUUCAAAGUCAGGAAGUGGCAAAGAACGACGGUCUGACCGGAAUGGGCAUCGGGCGUCAAAGCGGAGACGUAGCAGGUCUCCUAUAUCGCAUGAAUACGUUGCUAACGACAGCGAUAAUUCGGCUUGGAAUGCUGCUGACGAAGGUGCGCGCCGGAGGAUGAGUGAUAGUGAAGAAGAGAACGGGCGGUAUGGCGUGGAAUCUGCCAAUAAACGGCGGAAGAAAGAACCACCUGCCGGGGAGUUCAUAUGGGUGUCUGACGAGAGUGAUGAAGAACCAACAAAGGAUAAAGGGCUCUCCAUCGCUGGCGCGAGCAAGCGUGCAGAGAUCAAGAGUGGAGAAUCAGCAGAGCGUACGAACCGGCGGCGAGAGUACUGGAAAUCCAAGGGAUCUGCCGCCGGUGAUUCGACUUUUGCACUGCUGACGUCGUAUGCUGUACCAGUCAUGACAUCGCGUAAAGAUCUGACCGUUAGUGAAAGGAUAGCUGCAUUGCAGCGAGGAUCUUCCCCUCAGCCCCAGAGUGGGCGGCCUGUAUCUCCGCCAGGCACGCCCCCAAAGCUGCCAGCAAGCCACAGCCUGAAAGACAAAAUCGCACAUUUUGAUUCGAUGGGGACUGCCCCAAGGCCCAGCGGCUCAUUCGGCCUCGGCGCCCCCGCCGAACACAAGACCACAAGUCGUGAGCUCUACGGAAACCGUAUAACCGGCGUACCCAACAAGAGCCCGCAGAGUGUCAGUGGCAGUGGCUUAUCACAUCUCUCAAAUUCCUCGACAUCAUCUUUCGACCAUGACGCGAUUGCACGCGACUCGUCCGAUACCAACCUCGACGCGUCUCCAACCACUGAUGAUGGCCCGGAGUCUGAACCCAGGAGCACUGUUCCGGAGAUUCGUCGCACCGACUCUUUGACCGAACACUGGGUUGAUGCUCAAAAGUCAAAGACCGGCAUUGCUAUUGAUAUCGCAACUCCUGCGACCCCUGGCAUUUCUGAACCUCCUUCCCCGAUUCCUGAUUCUGAAGGCUCCUCGGUCCAAGUCGGUGGUCCUACGACACCUCUCACGAGUACCGCUGUCAGACAUCUUGUUGCGUCCUCUCAUGUCCCAUCGCGUCUGGGAGCCGAAACUCCUGUGUCUAUGGUAGUUGAAACCGGGAGCCUCGCUGAUGGUGAACAACCAACGCUCGUCCCUGAAGAACCCGGCACAAUCCCUCCAUCCCCUGUUGUUACUGGGAUGCAACUAUUGGGCAUUUCAGACAAUGGUGAGACGACCCCGACCCGCGAGGACGGUGAAGUAGAUACCAAUAUCAACGCUGUUUCCUCCCUUGGACCUCCUACUACCCACCGCCCAGAAGAAGGCUCUAAUACACCCCUUGCUCGUUCGGUACAAGUUGAAGGAGCGAUCGAGGCUGUUGAUCUCGGUGAAGCCCGUCAAACAAGCUCGGGCCAUGGACUGGGUAUAUCAACCGGGCAGGGCGAGCUUACAGCCAGGAAUGUUCUUCAGCUUGAGGCCGAGUCGCCUAAACUCUCGCCCGGAAUCGUAGCUCCAUCAGGCCCUAGUUCGGUUGUCGUGGAAGAUGGCAGUGUGAGCCACAGUGUGCUGCCAUCUCCGAAUCCAGAACUGCAUCCAGGUGCACGUACUCCGGAACCACCUUCGGCGCUCACGCCCAAACAAGGAUUGAGCGAACUCCCCGGUCCGCCACCGGGCACCCUCCCAUUAUCUGCUGCCUCCUUGCGGCUCCUUGGAAUUGAAGAUGGAAAGAAGAGUGGCCGAGAUGGCACCGAAACGCCCAUGUCUAUUUUGGUGGAGACAGGAAGUAAUGACGGCAAACCUCGCGAUCUGGAAGGGGUUGAACCGCCUACCGCUACCCAGCGCCUCAGAUCUGCUGCGUCCUCUGUCAGUACUGCUAAUUCAGAGCUUGAUAAUCCAGGUUUUAGUGAGCGCGGGCCUCCAGUACCUUCGAAAAAUGUGCCUACUGUUGACACCAACAUUAAGGUCCUUCCAGAUCCCAUGAAAACCCCUACGAAUACUACAGUUGGGCUAGCACCAAUGACGCCUCGUACACGUGCAUCGACAACUAUUCAUAAAUCCCGUUCUCGCCCUGACCUCUCGACUGCGGGUGCCACCUCAGAGCCUACGACUGCUAACCCGGCACCCGGAGAAACGUUGGCUGUCCCAAACACCGGGCUUCAACGCAGAGCUACGACCGGUUCAUCCAACAACAACAAGCAGACGCCUCGCCGACGCACAUCUCGUGUCCCACAAAUGCAGCUUUUGCCUAACGGUCAAUGGGGCGUCGUAGAUGAUGAUAGCGACGAGGAAGAUACUGGUGGUUGGGCAAAGGCACACGCUCGGAAUGCUAUCUGGGUGGCUCGACGAUCGAUGAGCGAGCAGGCACAGUCAAAUGGGUCUCCCACAGAUGCCAUACUCAAGGAGGGAGCGUCAGACGUAGAUGAACUGGCCACAAAGCUCAAGGCGAAAGAAGAGGAGGUCAAAGAGUUGACUAACCGAUUACGAUAUGCGCAAGCAGACUACCUCAAUCUUCAGCGGAACUCUCAACGCGAGAAGGAGCAGACGAGAGACUAUGCUAUCACGAAGCUAGCUACUGACCUUGUCGGGACGGUUGACGUGCUCGCUCUUGCACUCAAAUCCGUGCCCGAGGACGCACGUGAUGAAAAUCAAUUGUACGAGGGCGUCGAAAUGACCCGACGAUCUCUUCUCCAAUCGCUUGCCAAGUACGGAGUAGAGCAAUACGACCCUAUAGGCGAGAAAUUCGAUCCCAAUCUCCAUGAAGCGUUGUAUAUGGCACCAAUUCCGGGCAAGGAACCCGGAACUGUGAUCGAGACGCAAAAGCUGGGCUACAAGAUAAAGGACCGCGUUCUUCGUGCUGCUCAGGUCGGUGUGGCCCAGGAGAGAUCAUAG